UUUCUUGUUUUUUUGCCGUAGGUUUGUGGUUCGGAUGUGAUCCAGCGGACCGGGCACAAGCCAUGUCGAGCAACCCGAGCCCAGUCCAUCGGUUCUCGGGGGACUACGACGCCUUCUACGAUCCGGACUUCACAGCAGAAAUUAGUAACAAGAUGCGUGUCCCACAUCGUAUUAGUGUCUUUGAACGGGACGACAGUGAGAAGGACAUUGAUACGCUGCUCGGGAGGGACAAAAUCAACGAGGAGCAGGCGCUGGCCAUGCACGUGCCAGACCGGAUCCUCGUGCGAGGGGGCAACCAGCACAUUGAGGGCAGGGAUCCAUUGCCAGAGAUGCGGCUUGAGAAAUCGAUGGAGCCACAGCCAGAGCCCAUCCUGCUGUCUACGCCGCCACGCACCUUGACCCUCGACAUGCACGCCUACCCGGCCGUUGACGCAGAGGACGAGGCCGGGGACAGCGCCAAGUCCUCACUCAGGGUGCGCCGCAAGACGACCCUGAGCAAGCUGCACAACGGCGACAUCAGUCUCUUCAACAACAGCGGGUCGGUGCCAACGACCCCGCCAGGUCCGCUGUGUGUCGAAGACGAGGUGCUGGCGUUGAGGAAGCAGAUUCGCAACGUGAGUCGACGCCUCAUCAUCAUCGAGCAGGAAAACCAGCAGCGACAGCAGCGGGAGAUUGUCCUCUACUCGGUCGGCGUGCUCUACUUCCUCCUCAAGGGACUCAUGUGGCUGGGCCGGCAUUGGUGAAGGACGCACACCUGACAGCCACGAAGCCACGCACCCAGCACCAUCCCUACAGUGCAAGACGCGAGAAAUUCAUUCGAGACGAGGCAGGUGCCGAAAUUUACGGGCACGAACGGUAGCUUGAAGCACGCUCUUGCUCCGCAGUACAAGAAAUGAGCAGCCGCUGCGUCCUUCCGCCAACCUCCACAUGAAAAUGAAACUUACGAAAUGAAAGCGGACAGCUACGUUGCCUUUUGCUGACUUGUACUGCGGAAAGAGGUCGGAAGAGUGAAGAUUUUUAGCUGCUGCGGAUGGCCCUCCGCAUUCUCUCGAUGAAAUGUUUAUUGAGCAAUGAAAUUUCUAAUCCUCACUUCUGCCCGAACAUGACAAGCGAGAAACCGGCUUUGUAAGCUUAUCUGUUGAGUGUCUCGCUUUAAGUGUUAGCUCUGUUGGUUAGACACUGCCUUACCAAGGGCCCUUUUUGCUGGUACGUGCUAUUAUUUUUGUUCUCAUUACACACCAUGUUUCUAGCAGGAAAGAUGUUAGUGUGGCUUUGGAGACCGAAAGUAGCAGUGGCAUGUUACCUAGUCAAUUUCUGUUAUUUGCGGUUUAUUUCGUUGCUGUCCCACUUUAGACUUUCAGGAUUUCACGCCUAAUGCAUUGAUACGACACAUUUUGAUUUGAAGUGGGAAAAAAAAUAACUGUUACAACAAUUCUUUUGUUUUGUUAUUUCUACUCUGUUAAAAGCUUCUUUUAAUUAUGCUCUCAGCACUUUUUGUUCUCACUAUUUGCCAGUCGGUACAGUUCAGAAUGAAAGCUGCAGUAUUUUCGGUUUAGUCGUAGGUUUUGUCGCUUUUGUUAAAUUAUUUUGUUGAAGUUUUCGUCUUUAAACCAUGCUCAAGGAAUGGGGAAGGGGUAAGUCAGUCAAUAAACGUGGGUAUAUUUACGGCUUCUCAGCUUGAUGGUGGCACACGACCAGUGCUAUACAAGCCAAACAUUCAGAUAGUUGUAUAUCUUUGCCUUGCAACACUACUGCACUAUACUUGUCCGUCAGGUCGCGCUGGCACUAUUGAGGCCCUUGUAUAUAUAAAACAUGUUUGCCUAUUUACCGUCAAAUAACUCGGCAAGCACUGUGGCCUUGCAGUAGUGUUACGCCUAAUGGAACACUAAUAUUUCUUUUUUUUUACCCUCCUUUGCGCAAUAAAUGCCUCAUAACACGGUUAGUCAUUCCAUCAAGCAUAGUACACUGUUUAUCGUCAGCUAGAAGAGACCAACGCACUCUGACAGCCGUUGUAUAAGCAGAUUUCUUGGGCUGUCAAUCUACGGGUUUGGAAACAAACUCAGCAUUUUGAUUCUGUGGAAGCCAUUCAUUCUACUGUACACAAGCCAGUUUUCUUACUUGUGUACAGUAGAACCUCGUGAAAGGGAACUUCUAGGAAACAGAAGUGUGUGUUUCAUUUAGCGGGAGUUCCAUUCGCCAGGAAGGAUGUCAAGAGGUGCAGCACUAUCUGUCGUACGCCCUCUAAAAGUUGUUAGAUAUGUUAGGUGUGAAGAAGUGAACGUAUCACUUAGUUUGUCUUGUGGUAUGGGACACGGUUGACCACUGUUGGAAGGGCUAGGCCUUGCUCUUUUCAGCUUCAAGGUGCCUGUGACGUAUUUCUUUUAGAAAAAGAACUCGCAGCUCUUAGUGCUCCAAUCCAUGGCCGAAUAGCAUACAGUUGUGCACGAAGAGUCUCAGUCGCUGCUUGUUAGAGAUGGCUUUUGGAUAGAAGAUAGGCAUUGCAAGAAUGUACUUCAGUGUCCCUCCUUUGGGAAAAGUACUUCAGAGCUUGCUUUCGUGGUUCUGUUUGCAGAAAGUUGUGAAAACUUUGGUCCCAGUUAGCGAAAGUAAUUAACGAAAGCAAUUAACGAAGGUCUACUCUAAUGUAGUAUAUUUUCCAGCCGGAGAACACGGUUCUCUACUGAUAUGAUGUGAUGUUUGGAAAGUGGUUUGUUAACAAUUACUUUGUUUCGAACUGGUAACAUACCUUUGUGUGGUACUGCACAAGGUCUGAUGGCUGUGUAUAUGUUUUUCGCACUGUUGUGGCUCAUAACAUUCAUGUUCAGAAAGCUAUGACUGCGUGUAGUGUUCUUUUUUCUACUGUGCUUUCUUCUAAACUUGUGAUAGGUUUCUUGAAAGGGGAAGUAGUAAGUGAUUUUCAAAGCAAGUUUGUGUGUGUAGUGGCAGUUUCGGCCACAGGUUAACAAAGAGCCAGAAGCUGAAAACAAGCUUGCCAAGCGGGAGGAUUUGGGUAGUUUGUGAUGCAUAUCUUAACAUCGGGGCAUGUGAGGUUGAGACAUAAAUUACAGGUGGUGUGGUACACACGCAGUGCCAACUCUCAACUAAAAAGUUUGCUAGCACUACACAUAAUAUAAAUACCUGUGCAGUUACGAAAGAAAAGAAAUGAAGGUGAACAAAACUUGACAUAGUCGAGCUUUAAUGGACAAGCUGUAUCAUUUAGAUGGCAACAAGGCUGGAUGACAGAACUAAGGGGGAAGUGGUCCAAAAUGCAAGUUACAAAUGAAAGUCUGCCAGUAAACUGUGCUGACUAUAAGAUUUGUGCAUCAAGUGUAAAGACUAGAGCCUGUAUAAAAUAUCUGCAACAGUUUGAGGGCAGCAAAGGUCAUAGUAAAGUUCAUUCAGCGAGGAAGUUGCAUGCAGCGCCAGUAAACCUUCUAGCUGUGUGUCGGCACUGCAUUCGUGUGCCGCCCUCUCUCUGUGCAAGUGCUCUCUUAGUAUGCACUGUACAUAAAUGAAAAUGAGAGUUUUGAGAGAACAGCGGUGAAGAUUUGUUGAAACUUCGCACACCUUGCUGACGGCUUGCCCUCUAUGUAGUGUGUGCCUGGCUUUCAUGCUACAGUUGUGAUAAGUGAAAUUUCCAUAAAUGAAAUUCACCAGGGCUUCUUUUGACCCAGCUGUAGCUUCAGUCAGCUUUAGUACUGUGUGUAUCACUAUGAGAUGCUGGCUGCGAUCUCGUGCAAGAUGUGCAGUUUCUUUAUUUUGACAGUAAAGCUGUUAAGGGGAGUUCCGCAGCAGUUUCUAUGCAGUAAUGUUGGCUGGCAUGUGGCAGUGUGCUCAGUAUCAAAUAUUGAUCAAACAACUGCCAGAAUUUUAAAUUUGUGCCUCGAAUUGCAGUCAUCAGUGAUCAUAAAACAAACGUUGCCUGCAUGUGCCUCAUUCGAAUAUGCAGCAACUUUUUUCUGCGGUUUAUUACAAGCCGUAAUCUGCAGUUCUUGUUUCUGAUGCCACAUUUCACCAGAUCGACAUUGGAGGUCAGCUAGGUGUUUGUAAUGGCUGUGGUGGUGAAUGCCACCACACUUCUGCUGCAAUGCAGCCUUCUAUGGGGAAGCCAUCAGCCAGACUCCUAAUAUGUACUUCCAAAUUUUGUGAGAACGAAGGUUGACAGCUUUGCUGUUCCUUUACGUGUUAGUUGCUCAGACUGGCAUACAUCUGUGGAGACCUUUUUUUUUCUCUCUUCUGUUUGGGGGGGUACCCGCCGCCUGCAACUUUCCAGCACCAAAACAAGUCUGCAUCAUCGCAGUGCAUUAUUCUUUGUGCAUAAUGGCUGCAUACUCUUGUACAUUACUUUUCUCCGCCACACACGAAGCCUGCUGGACAGAUGCAUUUGUCUCUCUUGUUUAAUAAGUGUGGCGACCAAUAAAGCUAGUGUAUUUUGCUACACUGUA